GGAGCCUGGGCUGGGCUGGGCUGGGCUGGGCGCCGGCUUGGCUGAGGAAGCUGGACCCCGCUUGCAGUCAUAAAGAAGGUGCAAAAAGACGGGCAGAGGAGAGUGACAGACGUGCCCAGUGCUUAGCUUCCUGAGGCGGUGUUAGCACAGCCGGGACUGAUGGCUUUGUGCCCAGGCUGGAGAGCAUUUGCAUUGUUUCCCUUUAACCGCUGUGGUGUCCUUGGGAAAGCUGUGAGAAGCACUGGUCUUCCCUUGUUUCCCUGGGGCCACUGCCCCUGGAGAGGAACUGGAAGCUUCCUGGACCCCGAGAUGAAAGCCUUCCUGGAGGAGCACACUGAAGUCACCAGAAGUGGCAGCCUCACCCCUGAAAUCCAGUUGCGGCUUUUGACUCCCAGAUGCAAGUUCUGGUGGGAGAGAGCAGACUUGUGGCCCCACAGCGAUCCUUACUGGGCAAUCUACUGGCCUGGAGGCCAGGCCUUGUCUAGGUAUCUUUUGGAUAAUCCUGACAUUGUCAGAGGAAGAUCUGUGUUAGAUAUUGGGAGUGGAUGUGGGGCUACAGCUAUUGCUGCUAAGAUGAGUGGAGCUUUGAGGAUCUUGGCCAACGACAUAGACCCUAUUGCAGGAAUGGCUAUUACACUAAAUUGUGAAUUGAACCGACUGAAUCCUUUUCCUGUUUUAACCAAAAACAUUUUGGAUUUGGCACAAGAUAAGUGGGACCUUGUUUUGCUUGGAGAUAUGUUUUAUGAUGAAGACCUUGCAGACAGUCUUCAUCAGUGGCUGAAGAAUUGCUGUCAGGCCCACAGAACUCGAGUACUGAUUGGUGAUCCUGGACGACCCCAGUUCAGUGGACACAGCAUUCAGCAUCAGCUGCUCAAAGUGGCAGAAUACUCACUUCCAGAGCCUACUAGGCAGGAAAACAAUGGACUGACAACAAGCACAGUGUGGGAUUUUCAGCCUUGAGUUAUUGAAGUACUUCCAUAUGGACAGAGCCAUGUUUGAGUUUAACCCUAAAAAGACUCUCCAGUUCAAAACAGACAAUUUGUGUUAAAUCUGGCAGGUCUCAGUGCCAAAAUUUGAAGGUUUACGUUUUGUCAGCCUUUGUCAUAUAACUUGUUCUGCAUUAAGCCAAAUAGAGAAAUCUCUGUCAUUUUUUUUCUAGUUUUUCUGCUACAGGAAUAUAGUUAUUGAAGGCAGUACUCAAUAGGUAACCACAUGUAAUUUAAGCAGCAGAGAGGAAUUAGAUAUUUUAGCAGAGUCUAUUUCUAUAGUUGAGGACAGCUACAGUGUAUCUUUGAAUUAAACAAAACACAAAAUACAGAAGAGGAGUUCCCGUCGUGGUGCAGUGGUUAACGAACCCGACUAGGAACCAUGAGGUUGCGGGUUCGGUCCCUGCCCUUGCUCAGUGGGUUAAUGAUCCGCCGUUGCCGUGAGCUGUGGUGUAGGUUGCAGACAUGGCUCAGAUCCCUCGUUGCUGUGGCUCUGGCGUAGGCCAGUGGCUACAGCUCCGAUUGGACCCCUAGCCUGGGAACCUCCAUAUGCUGUGGGAGCGGCCCAAGAAAUAGCAAAAAGACAAAAAAAAAAAAAAAAACAAAAAACCAAAAACAGAAGAAUACUAUAUUAAAAAAAUUAUCUGUAAAGAUCAGAGAUGCAGUUAGUAUGGUACAGAGUACAUGGGCUUUGGGGCUAGUUAAGCUCUCAGAGCUUUAAUUUCUUCACCUAUGAAACAGUAAUAAAAUUUAAUAAACUGCACCUCCAAGGGUUAUUGUAAUAAAGGAAAGCAUAAAGUGCCUAAUGUAGGAUUAGUGCAUAAUAAGGCCUCAAUUAAGAAAUGUAGGUUGGAGUUCCCGUUGUGGCUCAGUGGUUAAGGAAUCCGACUAGGAACCAUGAGGUUUCGGGUUUUAUCCCUGCCCUUGCUCAGUGGGUUAAGGAUCUGGCGUUGCCGUGAGCUGUGGGUGGGUUGCAGACGCGGCUCAGAUCCUGCGUUGCUGUGGCUCUGGCAUAGGCCAGCAGCCACAGCUCUGAUUAGACCCCUAGGCUGGGAACCUCCAUAUGCCGCAGGAACAGCUCAAGAAAAGGCAAAAAGACAAAAAAAAAAGAAAAAGAAACGUAGGUAAAAGUAAAGAUUUUAGAAUUUCCUACAUACUCAGUACUGUGAUACCUUAUGAUGUCUCUUUAUAGUUUAUUCAGGUCAACUAGAAAUUGGUUACGUCACCACUACAUGCCCCAGGUUGUCAGGAUCUUCUAUAUCAAUAAGAACAUCAGGUCAUAAAUGAGAAACAAUAUAAAGAAGGAUGUGUAGAGUAUAUAUCACUAUGUAAAAAAGGUGUAUGUAUAUAUAUCUACAUAUGAAUGUAUGUUUAAAAGAUAUAUAUUUACUUGCAGUAAACAGGUAUCUUUGGAAAGAUAAGAAACUGGCAACAGUGUUUGCCUUCUGAGAGGGUACUAGAUGGUAGAUGAGGGUGGGAGGGAGACCUGGUUUUUACUUUGGGGUCUUGUAAUUUUUUUUUUUAGGGCUGCACCCACAGCCUAUGGAGGUUCCUAGGCUAGGGGUCAAAUCGGAGCUGUAGCUGCCCGCCUACACCACAGCCACAGCCACAGCAAUGCCAGAUCCAAGCCAUGUCUUCGACCUACACCACAGCUCAUGGCAAUGCUGGAUCCUUAACCCACUGAGUGAGGCCAGGGAUCAAACCCGAGUCCUCAUGGAUGCUAGUCUGGAUCAUUAGCCACUGAGACACAAUGGAAACUCCUGGGUCCCGUAAUUUUGUACUGAUUACAUGUAGUACAUUUCCUGUUCUCCUAUUUAAAACUAAACAUGACCACAAUACAUGUUACAAUUGAAGUAUAAAAUACUGCAGUUGAAGUUCCUGUCAUGGCUCAGUGGAAAUGAAUCUGACUAGCAUUCGUGAGGACGCAGACUGGAUACCUGGCCUUGCUCAGUAGAUUAAGGAUCCAGCGUUGCCAUGAGCUGUGGUGUAGUUCACAGAUGCGGCUUGGAUCCCGUAUUGCUGUGGCUGUGGCUGUGGCCUGCAGCUACAGCUCUGACUGGACCCCUAUCCUGGGAACCUCCAUAUGCUGCACAUGUGGCCCUAAAAAGACCAAAAAAAAAAAGAAGAAGAAGAAGAAAAAGCUGCAGUUCUCUGGUGGCCUAGUAGUUAAGGAUCUGGCAUUGACUGUCACUUCUAUGGCAUGGG